AAUAGUCGUCUGUUACGCGGGGGAUACUUUGGUUUGCAACAGAGAGACUGGGUGCGAUCAGAAAGACGGCGAAAAUGGAGGAAAGCAGCUCAAGAGGAGCUUCUGAUUAUGUAGGCGAUCUGUUAAAAAGACCUAAAAUUCCAUUCGCAUUGGCCUUAAUCGUCGCUGAUGCAAUCCUCGUCACACUUAUCAUCGCCUAUGUUCCUUACACGAAGAUCGAUUGGGAUGCUUACAUGGCACAGGUAAGUGGAUUUCUAGGGGGAGAGAGAGAGUAUGGGAGGUUGAAAGGCGACACAGGGCCCUUGGUUUAUCCGGCUGGUUUCCUCUAUGUUUACUCUGCUGUUCAGACUCUGACUGGUGGACAAGUCUUUCCUGCUCAGAUUCUUUUUGGUGUUCUCUACAUUGUCAAUCUGGCUAUCGUCUUGUUCAUCUAUCUCAAGACUGAUGUGGUGCCAUGGUGGGCGCUAACUCUACUCUGUUUAUCCAAGCGAAUCCAUUCCAUCUUUGUUCUCCGUCUCUUUAAUGACUGUUUUGCCAUGACUCUCCUUCAUUCCUCCAUCGCUUUCUUCCUCUCUCGUCAAUGCCAUCUCGGCAUGCUUCUUUUCAGUGGAGCUGUCUCUAUUAAGAUGAAUGUGCUUCUCUAUGCUCCCCCUUUGUUACUUCUGCUUCUAAAGUCCAUGAAUAUUAUUGGAGUCGUAUCUGCUUUAGCUACUGCAGCUCUUCUUCAGAUACUCGUCGGAUUGCCCUUCCUGAUUACAUAUCCCAUCUCAUACCUUUCCAACGCCUUUGAUCUUGGACGUGUUUUUAUCCACUUUUGGUCUGUUAACUUCAAGUUUGUUCCGGAACGAGUUUUUGUGUCCAAAGAAUUUGCAGUCUGCUUGUUGAUUGCUCACCUAUGUCUUCUUGCCGCGUUUGCAAAUUAUAAAUGGUGCAAGCAUGAAGGUGGGAUUAUAGGCUUCAUGCGUUCUAGGCGUUUCUUCUUGACGCUUCCUUCUUCACUCUCGUUCAGUGAUUUGUCAACUUCAGGAAUUCUUGCGAAAGAACAUAUUGUCACGACCAUGUUUGUUGGGAAUUUCGUUGGCGUUGUUUGUGCUCGUUCUCUGCAUUACCAAUUCUAUUCAUGGUACUUUUAUUCGCUACCAUAUCUGCUAUGGAGAACUUCGUUUCCUACUUGGCUGCGCUUGAUAUUGUUCCUGGGCAUCGAGCUUUGCUGGAACGUCUAUCCAUCAACAGCAGUCUCAUCAGCUUUGUUACUGUGUCUACACUUGACCCUCCUAUUUGGUCUCUGGUUUGCUCCUUCAGAUUAUCCUUACUUACUCAAACAAGAUCAAAGACACAAAAAGCACAAGUGAACCUUUGAUAUUAGCUAAAAAAUUUACAGUUAUAUGUAUGGGUUUAGCUAAUCAUAUGGUGGUUUAUAUUAAAAAAAUUUCUGUUUCUGUCCAAAUAUACAUGUGUUAUUUCGUCCUUGAAUUAAACGUUUAUCAGUUAAGGUUUCUCUC